AUGUCAACGGCACCAAUUGCCAAAACAUUUUCAAUGAUAUAUGUGGAUGAAAAGGAUAAUUCAAUUGAUAUAGCACUGAGUUAUAACGAUGUUAUGAAUGGAGUAUCAUUGAUUGCAGAGAAAUUAUCUUCCUACAGGAAUUGUCUCAUUGCUAUCACUCUUCCUAAACAUCCUGCAUUCGUUUCUGCUAUUCUUGGAGUUCUAGAAACGAAAAAUUGUUUCGUUUGUUGUUCAAGCAUUGAAGCAGCAAACAAUUAUCUUAGUGCUACGGUAUCCUGUAUCAUUUCUACAAUUGCUGCAGAUGAUAAUCAAUUAUCAAUUGAUAUACACGGUUUACAAAUUUAUUUUAAUCAUAAUGGAUAUUAUUGUUUGGAUGAAUUUGGAAAAGAUAAAUUAUGCUAUUUAAUUACCACCUCUGGUACAUUAGGAAAACGAAAAGAAGUUUUUGUUCCGCAUAGCUGUAUAAUGCCUAAUAUUUGGGACUUCAGUCGUCGAUUUCAAAUCACAACUGUUGAUGUCAUUCUUUUUGCUACGGCAGCAACAUUUGAUCCAUUUGUUGUGGAAAUUCUUUUAGCUGUAGUAAAUGGUGCAAAACUAUUGAUUGUUCCGGAUUCGUUUCGUUCCAUACCGUCGAAAUUAGCCGAUGCAAUCUUGAAAUAUAAUGUAACCUUUAUUCAGAUGACACCAUCACAACUGAAAAUUCUACCUCAUAAUGCUUUAACAAAGAUUUUUGCUGGUAAAUCGGCUGUACGAACAGUAAUUCUGGGUGGUGAAGCAUUCCCUAUAAAUUUUGUUAAGCAUUAUCAUAUUAAUCAUGAAUUUAUCAAUUUUUACAAUGUAUACGGAGUUACGGAAGUAUCUUGUUGGGCAUCUUGUUAUAGAAUCGAUUGGAAAGAAAGUCGUGUGGAAAUUGGUGAACCAUUAUUGGGUACGAAAUUUAAUGUUAGUGAAACAGGAGAAUUGCUUAUUGGUGGUUCAAGACGAUGUUUUAUAAAUGGUAAAUUAUCUGCAGCUUGGUUUUCCACUGGUGAUAUUGUUGAGCUUACAGAAUUGGGAAAAAUCUAUUGGUGUGAUCGAUUUGAUGAUCAGCAAAAGAUUAGUGGAAUCAAUGUAAGUUUAUCAGGUUUGGCCAGAAAAGCAGAAGAAUAUGAUAGCAUUCAAUCAGCUUUAGCUUUACGUCGUCAACAGUCUAUCUUAUUAUUUGUACAUGUCAAAAAUAGUGCAACAAUACAAACUAAUUUAUGUGAAAAAUUAGCAAUUGGUUUGCCAAUGAUAAUCAUUUUAGUGGACAAUUGGCCAAUGACAAGAAAUGGUAAAGUUGAUCGCCAAAAAUUAGUGGAAAUUUUUGAACAAAAAAAUUUGGUCUUUACAAUGGAAGAUUUGAGUAAAUUAUUUGAUUAUCUUAAGAUUAGUCUAGAAAUCAAUCGAGAAAUGACAUUCAAAGAUUUGGGUUUGGAUUCAUUACGUGCCACUGAAUUAACUCUAAAAACGGAACAUCUUUUGAAACAGCGCAAUUUUCCACUAUUGCAAUAUCUUCUUUCGGAUACCGGAACAGUUGCUGGAUUUCUGGAUGCACUUGAUUUUAAUCAAAAUAUAAGAGAAAGGAAUAUCAUACACAUGCGAGAAAUUCGUACAAGACCAAUAGAAAAUUCCAUCAAGGUCGAAUUAUUGUGGGAAUAUGACUUAGGAAAAUGCAUCGAUGCAACACCUAUAGUCGAAAAUGAUUCAAUCUUUCUGGGAUCGCAUUCUGGACGAUUCGUUUCAUUAUCUCUGGAUGGUACUAAAGAAUGGGAAGUUCAGCUUGAUGAUCGAAUUGAAGCAACUGCUUGUUAUCAAAAUGGUAUCAUUGCUGUGGGCUGUUAUGAUGGUUAUCUGUACUUUUUGAAUGAAAAAAAUGGACAUUUAAUAUGGAAAUUUGCCACAGGAAAUGUUAUCAAAUCAUCUCCUGUACUUAUCGAUGCAGGAAAUAAAUGUUUGUUUGGUUCAUAUGAUAAAUGUCUUUAUUUACUUGAUAUCAAGAAUCACAUGAUGUUAUGGAAAAUUGUUUGUGAUGGUAGUAUUUUGUCAUCACCUAUGCUUGUUGAUACAAUUGUAUUAUGUGCUACUUUGCAAGGAGAAUUUCUGAGCGUUGAAUUGGAAACUGGCACUAUCUUAUGGAAAAUUCAACUAGCUGCACCUAUAUUUGCAAAUUUAUGCAUGAUAGAAGAACAAAAUCGUGUUCUGGUUGCGAAUGUUAAAGGUCUUAUAACAUUGUGCGACACAACAAACGGACGUAUAAUAUAUCAAUAUGAUGUUCUGGAGUGUAUUUUUGCAGCACCGGUACAAUUUCCGGAUAACACCAAUAGUUCUAAUGUGUCAAUUAUCGUAACUCAUUCUUCUUCAUUAUUCUUGUUACAAACCGAUACACUUCAAUUGCUCUGGUAUAUACGAAUUAAUGGAGUAGGAUCGUUUCCAAGACCACCAGAAAUUCUGAAUAAUGAAGGAUAUCUUUUUAUUCAAGAUUCUUCCGGUGCUUUGCUAGCUAUCAAAGGAUUGAGAGAGUUAAUGAAGAAAAAUACUAUGGAUUUGGAAAUUUCCAGGAUGAAAAUUAUUGAAAUUUUACGAGUACCUGGUGAAACUUUUAGUGGUGUACAAAUUUUGAAAAUAAACAAAAGAGACAGUAAUAAGAGCGAUGAUAGUAAUAGUAGUACUAGUAGUAGUAGUAAAAUGACAAUUGUUUCUUAUCGUGCUUUGAUUGGAAGUCGUGAUGAUCGUAUACGGUGCUUUCAGUUUUUAUUUUAA